AUGGAACAGUAUUCAGGCCUAAAGAUUAAAUACUCAACUGUAUCAAAAAUAUUAAAAAAAGCCAAUAAAUAUCAACUUCAAGAUAAUAAUGUGUAUGCUGAAAAAACUUUUUGUUAUCGUUCUGUGAAAUACCCAAUGUUAGAACUUGCUAUAAAUAUGUGGGUAGAACAUGUUACAACUGAAGGAAUAAUUAUAUCAGAUUCAAUAAUAAAGGAGAAAGCCCACCAUUUUGCAGAAGCAUUUUCUAUACUUGAAGAAUUAUUUACAUUUUCAAAUAGACUGGCUCUCAUAAGUUUUAUCCACUGGUUAUUGGCACUUCUAAAAAAUGAGAGGUUUCAUAUUCAAGAUCAGCAGGCCUUACUUCUUGUCGAUAAUACAACUUCUCAUAUUGCUCCGGAAACAAUUGAAACUUGGGAUGAUGAUAUAGAUAAUAUAGAUUAUGAAAUGUCAUCUGAGAAUAAUUCUAUUGAUAAAAUAGAAGAGCUCUAA